GUUAUUUAGUGAUUUGUGUGUUAAUUAUAAUUACUAUGCAUUGGAUGUUAAGUUUUACUAUUAAGUAAAUAAAAAAUAUUUUUUUUCAUAACACAUCAACUGGUUUUAAUUGUGACCAAUUGGAUUUUAAAAAGAUUUUUUAACAAAGUUAAUAGAAUAAGAGAAAGGAAUGAUAGCUACAAACUGCGUUAAAGUUUAAUAAAAUGUUAUUACGGCGGACGAAAUGGCAAGGGAUCAUUUAGGGUCGGAUUAUUCAGAGAACAUGAGUGACACAACAACUUAUAGUUGUAAGACAAUUUCUGUCGAGAAGAGUUCUUUACGAAGCUGUUCUGAAAUGUUUCACGAGCCAUUUUUUCUUCAUCCACCUGGUACUCGACCCCGGGAUGGAAUUUACAUAAAUCCAAUGAGCCCAUUUAUAUCCGAACAUCAAAAAACAAAAGACAAUGAAUCAUUCUACCUUCACAGUCCGAACGACCUCGUCUACACAAGAAUAACUCGGCUGUUUUGUGAUAACGUCGAUAAAACUAUAAACGACGAGCAAAUCGAUAUCGAGAAAAAGGAUGAGACUUUAACUGUGAAAGUGGAUGUUCACAUUAAUAACGGAAGUUACAAGCCAAUAAGCAAUGGUAACUCAAUUAAAUCGGAUAUAAUCAAGGACACGGAGCAUGCUUACGAACAGAUCUGUAUCAGACCGGAUGAGACGGAGAGCGUUAAGUCAGUGGGUCACAAAAAAUUUAACGAUGAUGCAUCUGAAAGCAGCCGGUCAAAACUAACUGUGAGAAGAUUUAGCAGAUCCAGCAGUGCAAGUGAGUCUUCCCACUUAAGCAGUGAAAUACCUUGUUACUCAUCGACAACAUCAACCCCUUCAUUAUCACGAAAAAGUAGCAACGAACGCAUUGAUAAAACUCCUAAGCCUCCGGAUCUACCAGAGAGGAAAAUUGUUACACCCGUGGAAGUUGAAAAGAACUCAAAACCACAAAUCGAUAAUCUUAAUAGUAUUGUAAAACCUCCACCACCUCCGCCGCCACCGCCACCACCGGACAACGAAGAAAUACCUCCGUGUCCAAAAAUUCCCGACUCGGUUGAUAAAAAUUUCAAGGAAAUCAAAGAUGAAUGUGAUAAUUCAUCAGCAACCAACAAGUCCGACACAUCUUCCUCCGAGCAACCACAGCCGCCGCAAACGGAAAUUCCUCCUGCAAUUACUCUCAGCCCACAGUCCUCCAGAUCACCAUCUUCAAACGAUUCGGAAGAUACUAAACCGAACCAGGUAUCACACCUGGUUCAUAAGCACAUGGUGCUGCCAUUUAUUCCACCAAAAUUUGCCAAUGCCGCUGACUCGGAUACUCUUCUUAAGCCCUCGGAAUACUUAAGGAGUAUCUGCAAGACAUCCAAUAAAAAUACUCUAUCCAAAGCCAGGUCGGUGGAUAAUUUGGAUAUACAAGGAAGAGUUGAAGUGGAGGAGGUGGAUAAGUGUCAGGAAGAAAAAACAUCCCCUGGACCACCUCCUCCUCCUUUGCCACCUCCAAUUGUCACCAAGGGUCCUGGCCAUUCAGUUAACACGCCGACAACUUCGACGCAGGAAUCUGAAACGCCAAAAACUCAUCAACCGCUGGCUACUAUUAGCAUCCAGGAUCUUACCAGUGUUCAAUUACGACGUACUAAUAUUAAAAUGAAUGCCACUAAAAACUUCUCCACUCCUCCACCUCGAAGUGUUUCUAUGACCAAUGUGUCGGAAGCAUUUUUUGUACAAAAAACGGAUCUUAUUGCUGAGCUGAAGAAAGCCAAGGACAUACCAGGAAUUAAGAAGUUUAAAGUUGAAAUGGCAAAGGUUGAAAAAACACAAGAGCAGAAUCUUAUUAUGGAAAUUAGUAAAUCUUUGAGUGUAUCAAGUUUCGUAGAUCAGAUUCCUGAAAGAGAUAGUUCUGGGAACUUGAUACCGAUAUGGAAGCGUCAAAUGUUAGCGAGAAAAGCUGCGGAACGAGCCAAAAAAGAAUUGGAGGAACAAAUAGCACGUGAAAAUGAGGAAAAAAGACAAAAAGCUAUUCCACCAUGGAAAAGACAGCUUUUAGCUAAAAAAGAUUCCAGUGAUGAUAAAAAACCAAAUCCAAUUAAUCCAGUACCAACGAUUGUAGCACCACCGCCAGUUAAAAUUGAUGUUAUUCCACUACAAAAAAAGGAAAUAACCAUCCCAAUAAACCGUGUAGAAAAAGCAACUGAGACUGAAGAAAAAAAAAUAGUUACAAGACAAGAUGAUUCAGACGAUGAUGCUCCUAUAAUUCCAUGGAGAGCGCAAUUGAGAAAGACAAAUAGUAAAUUAAAUAUUCUCGACUGAUUAACAAUUGACGAUAAAAUACGUCUAAUUAUUAUUAUCUCUGGAUGUUCGUUCAUCAACAAACUAUAUAAAACAGAAAAAAACUCGAACUGAAGGGGAAAAUGCUGCUCAAAACAAAAUAAACUUGAGAUAAAUUGUUAUUAAGCUAAACGUGUAAAUAAAUGUGUCACAUGUUUUUAUAUUAUAUAAAUUAUAAAUAUUAUUGUUUUCACGGUAAAAUAUAUUUACGCGUAAUUUUAUUAAGCAAUUAUUCCAUUUAUAUUUGAAUUUGAUGUCAUGAAAAGUAUAUUUGCCAAUAAAUUUUUUUUUCAACGUUUCAAUUGAUUGAUCGCGUGAUAUAAUA